AUGACUUAUACAGAGCUUUUACCUCAACUAAUUCAAAAUCGACAGUUAGCUCCUAUUCCAAUGAUUCCUAUACAACCUCCUUACCCAAAAUGGUAUGAUUCAAAUGCUCGAUUUGAUUAUCACGCUGGGGGAGUGGGACACUCAACUGAAAAUUGUUUGGCUUUGAAAAGAAAGGUGCAAUCUCUAAUUAAUGCUGGAUGGUUGAGUUUCAAAAAAUCUGGUGAGAAGCCGAAUGUCAAUGAAAAUCCACUGCCUGAUCAUGAAAAUCCAAAAGUUAACGCUGUGGAUAGCCUUGUUGAAAAGUGUAAAAAUGAAGUCCAUGAGAUAGUGAUGCCUAUGGAAGCACUUUUUGAAGGUCUUUUUGAAGCAGGAUAUGUUAGUCAUGAAUAUCUAGACCCCAACAUAAGAUAUGAAGGGUAUGAUGAAAGCAGACAUUGUAUAUUCCAUCAAGGAGUUGCAGGCCACGUUGUCCAACAAUGCCAAAAAUUUAGAUCCAAAGUACAACAACUUAUGGAUUCAAAGAUACUCACGGUAUAUAGAGGACAAGAAAAAGACGAGAUGAAAGACAGUAAAAUGUGUGCUUUAAUGGAUGAAGUUUCAGAAAAGAAAGAUUCCUUUUUACCAAGACCUUUGACAGUUUUUUAUCAAGAAAGUCAUAAUGGGUCAACCAGCUUCUGCAAUCCUAAAAAACUCCCGAUCCAAGUGCCGAGUCCUUUCAAAUUUAAGGAUCUAAAAGCAGUGCCAUGGCGGUAUGAUUGUCAGGUCAUAACAGGUCCUUCAGUUGAUAACAUUACAGGAAUCAGCGGGAUAACCCGAAGUGGAAGAUGCUACAAACCAGAUAACUUAACAGUCCCUUCAGAUGGUCUAAUACUGGAGCAAGGUAGGAAAAAUGAGAAAAGAAAUGUGAAAGAGCAUUGCAAAGACCAAGAUGUGGAGAUGCCUAUCAUUGCAAAAGAUAUAGAAUACAAAAACCUUGUCACGGAUGAGGAAGCAAAUGAAUUCUUGAAAAUAGUAAAACAAAGUGAGUAUAAGAUCAUAGAGCAAAUGCAUCAUACUCCAGCUCGAAUUUCUUUAUUAUCGUUGUUUUUGAAUUCAGAGCCUCAUCGCAAAGUGUUAUUAGAUAUUUUGAACAAGGCACAUGUCGGACAUGACAUUUCAGUGAAAAAGUUUAGUGGAAUUAUUGGAAACAUUACAUCUUCAAAUUCCAUAGUCUUCACAGAUGACAAAAUUCCUCCUGAAGGCUUAGGCCAUACAAAAGCACUGCAUAUUCAAGUGAAGUGCAAAGACUACGUCAUUGCAAGAGUUUUAGUGGAUAACGGAUCAGCUCUCAAUAUAAUGCCUAAAUCUACACUAUUAAAGCUUCCCGUGGAUAUGUCACACAUAAAGUCAAGUACUAUGGUUGUGAAAGCUUUCGAUGGGUCGCGCAGAGAAGUAAUGGAUGACAUUGAACUACCAGUUAAAAUUGGCCCAUGUAUUUUCAACAUAGUCUUUCAAGUCAUGGAGAUAACACCCACAUACAGUUUUUUAUUAGGACGUCCUUGGAUUCACUCCGCAGGAGUGGUGCCAUCCACAUUGCAUCAAAAAUUGAAAUUUAUUGUUGGGAGUAAGUUGAUUUGCGUGAUGGGAGAGGAAGAUUUCUUAAUAACAAAGCCAGUCUCAACCCCAUAUGUUGAAGCGACGGAAGAAGCAUUAGAGUGUUCUUUUCGCUCUUUUGAAAUUGCUCAUGCAACUAUGAUGGAAGCAACUGUAGACGAAGUGAUAAAGCCACACAAGUCUAAAGUUGAAGUUAUGACCACUAGGAUAAUGGGAGGUAGAGGAUAA